CGUGGUCGUGGACAAGCGUGUCAACGACAGAACCUUCAUCUAUCUCUAGGAGCAAGCCACCGCCCACGGCAUCACUCCUUGAAACUUGGCGUCAGCUGGCAUUACACGAGGACACCAUGUCCAGCGGCAAAGUAGAACUCAUGGGCGACAAUGUGGAAAUCCUCGACUACGAACCCGAGGGCGAGGCUCCCACCGCAGAGCAGUUUCCAGCGGCGGGUGCAGAAGACGAGAGCCCCCCCAUGCCCAUAGGGUUCGCCUUCGAUGAAUUGCUGGACAACAUCGCCACAGCAGAUCCGAUUGAACUGGAGCGAGCCUACAACACCGGACGUGUCUCUCUGGAGGAUAUGGUAGAAGCGGCCCAUCUGUCGUCCGAUUCCCCCCUUUUCGUUCCUCCUUUCUCGCUCCCGCCGGAAGACAGAUUAAUCCUCUUGCCCCACGACGAGUUUAUGGCGUACCAAAGGUUGAACGAGAUGUGGUGCGACGGUCUUGCCGGGAAGAUAGCAGAGGCGGAGGCGCGAGAGCAGGCGAAGCGCGAGGACGCGGAGCGCUUGGCGGAACGGGAGGCUGCUCUGGCUGCUGCGGCGAGGAAGCAGGAGGAGGAGCGUGAGGCUGUUCGGGCUGCUGCGGCGAGGAAGCAGGAGGAGGAACGUGAGGCUGCUUUGGCUGCUGCGGCGAGGAAACAGGAGGAGGAGCGUGCGGCUGUUCUGGCGGAGCGUGAGGCGUAUCUCCAAGCGGCUAGGGCGAAGCAGGGGGCGCUCCGAUCGUGGCUGAAGGAGCUGGAGCCCCGCCACCAGGACCCGCGAGCAGCCCCCCACACCCGUCGCCGUGUUAUCGUCCCCCCCCCCACGCAAUCCCAGGUGCACCUUGGUUCCCAUCGUACCGCCACGCCGCACGAGAAGGAGCGGGAGGUGAGAGGUGGCGGCUUCUCCGACGAACGAGAAGGAGCGGAAGAGGACACCGACUCCGGAGUUUCGGUGGCUUUGGGACUUCCGGCCGGUGCUGAAGCCGGAGCAUCGUUUGCGGCGGCAACCACGGUGUACGAGUUCCGCGUUGGAGAUACAGCGUUCCUGUCCCGCCCGCUGGAGAUGCCUGCAAAAGGUGUCACCUUCCACGAUGAGGACAGAUUGGCAGCUCUUUUUGCAUGGGCUGGCAUCAAACAACUUGUCCGUGCACAGUUCCCCCAACCGCACACCGUUGCUUUCGGGCACAUCUACCACACACCGUACCUCGCGAAACUUCCGCCUUCUUCGCGGCAGUCCGUGUUCCAGCUUUUGUUCGCUCUCCGUCGUGCCACCUUUCCAGAAGGUCCUCGAGGAACGUCGGUGGUGACCCAGGAGGGUGGAGUCCAGCUGCCUCUUGCUCGUGCUGCUUCGACCAACGACUUCAAGCACGAUCUAUAAGCCCCCCGCCAGGCCUCUUCACGCCCUGCACAUGGUUCUGGAGAGGACAAGGACUUCAGUAGGUCGGCAGCUCCGGUGUCCAAGAGCUGGAAGAACCGUUGGGGCGACCGGGAUUCGACGGCCAAGAGCGGGACGGACGACCACCACCGCUCCACCCAGUCUUCGCGAGGGCGCGGCGUCGGAGAUAACAGGCGAGGGCGAGCCGUGGGGAACCAGCCUACCAGGUCUUCGCCGGCGAGUCGCCAUCGCCGGAGCAGGAGUCGGAGCGCAGAACGACAACAGCGCACCAACCCUUCGUCUGGGCGUGGGCGCAGCCGGAGCGGAGACCGUCGUUGGAGAAACACGCCUCCGUCUAGGCGUAGCCGUAGCCGGAGCCAGAACCAGAGCGGGGGCAAUAGCAGGGCGACCAGCACUGACAGCAGUCGCGGUGGGAAAGGGCGACGGAGGUCAGGCCACGGUAGAAAACCAUCUGCGCAAGGAACCGGCAGGGCCCUCGACGUACGCCUUCUUCAUCCAGAAAUUGGCGGCUGCCUGGGACACUCCAGACACGAGCUCGGGGAUCGAUCGUCUUCGCAGUUUUGGCGUAUCCAACGGCGAGACUUACGGAGAAUACAUUCGUCGCUAUAAGGCUCUGGCCAUGACCGUCAUGGUUUCCCACCACGCGUUCAAGCCUUCGGAUGCGCAAGUGCAGAUAGCUGUUCGAGACUCCAUGUUGAAGCAGUUUCCGGUAGUGUCUGGGCAGGUGUACAAGGAUGAGCAGCUCUCCAUGGAAGCCCCUUUUGGGCGACAUGCUUCGUGUCUGGAUGAUAUGUGGGAUGUGUUGGACAAGCGUGCGUUCCCGCACACGCCGGCGGUGCAUGGAGAUGAUUUCUUUUCGGUAUCUUCCACCAAUGCUAGGAGUUCGUCUGCUGUUUCGCGUGCUGCAGCUGCUUCGGCGUUGCGUUCGACGGUGACUCCUUCGUGGAGCCAAGGUUUUUCGGCCGCCGUGAUGAGUGUUGACCCUCUACCUAAUGAU